UCUGUAUAACAAAAACAAAAAUCCAACCUUCACACGAAAUUCUAUAGGAUUCGUUUAGCGAGAAGCACCUUCAUUCUCUCUUAUUAUUCUUCCCUGCUUCACUCUGUCCUUCUGCGCGGAAAGGAGGGAAGGUGCUAUAACUCUUCACCUCGCUCAAGAGUUUAGACCAGCGCUGUUUACAAGAAUUGAUCAUAAUAUUCAAAACCCUUUAGUUCACUUGGUAUCACAGUGUCGCGUUCAGAUCGAGAUUUGGAAGGGGGGUGCAAGUCUUGUUACAUUGUAUAAAGCGAUUACCACCCUUGGCAGUCUCCUCGGUAAACAGGCAGAACUAUUAAGACACGAGUUACGAGGCCUGAUUUGCACAUGUUUCAGAGUUGUGGAACCUGAUUCUAUUUUUAAUGUAUCCCUUCGUUUCAAUUCCUCUCACCGCCACUGUUUUCCAGUUAGCAGACGUCAAAAAGAAGUGUUCGAAUCUAUGAGAGAGGUAGAUCUAAGGACUAGUGCGUUCUUCAGUUCUUGUGCUUUUCUUCUAAAGGUUUGUUUACAUUACUGGAUUAUUACAUCGUGAAAUAAAAGUGCUUCUGUUUCUAAAAGGAUUUAUUUGGACUAUUAAAGCCAGUUUUCUGACAGCUGAGAGAUUAACCCUGUCGCUUGGGUUUUGAUCUGGAGAAGUGUGAUGUUGAGCCACUGAGAAGGCAAGGCGACCUACUUAGCGAGCACUCCAGGAAGUAGAGAUUGAUGGACAGCUUCUAGACCUGGGACUUUCCAGACUUCUACCUUGGCUCGCGAAGGCAUGGGAUACAUUGGAACUACUUACACUGAUAUACUUCAAAGACUAAUUCACCUAGACUUCUAUUUUAUCUGACCUACCUUUACGUUGACCUACUAUCAAGAUGACCCUACGAUCUUUAGAAGAGGCUAUUAUUCAACAGAUGUGUUGCGCUAUGAUUAAAACAUCUACUCUGCGUUAAUUAACACACAUUUUGCAAAACAAUAUAAGAUAUAUUUUUCUGUAGCGCAUGGAUUACCAAAUUAUAAGCAGUAAAAUGUCAUUCAACAAUGUAAAGUGAACAAUUAUUAGCGCUCCAUUUUAUUGCUGCUCUCUUUAAAAUAAAUUUUAUAAACAUCUUCGCCUAUACUAAACAAAUGCACACACAUUACGUCACACCUUUCGCGUAUUAAUCUGACCUCUUGGGGGUUGACCUCUAGUGACCUCCUUAAAGAUGACCUCUAGGGGACUUCUUUGAAGUUGACCUCUGGUGGCGACGAUGCCCCACUUCGUGUUAAUCUGAAUAGAAGGGAGUCUACUCGUCUACUCCGGGGGAGAGUGCUGGGUACCAAGUUCUACAACUCAUGCCUGUGACCCGAACUGUGAACAUGCUUCAACUAUUGAUGAGCACCUUCUUGUAAUUACUGGUGCUUCGUCUAGAAUCGUUCACGUGCGAAGUGGCACCAUGGCGAGCCCAGGCUAGGUGUGAACUUUUUUCCGGUCUGGAUCGUUUGUUGUGGUCAGAAUGUUAUACCAGAGCAUACGAAGCUUUGAUAGAUUUGUGAUUUUUAUUUCUUGAGAUAAACCGCUGCUGUGCAUCCCUUGACCAGCUGUUUAUAUUUUGUGAUUUUAAGGCUGUGAUUCUCUAGCUGUGUUUGUAUAGCUGUUUUAUUCUCUGUAUAUUUCGUCUUGUUGGGAUUAUAAGUCAAGAUUUAUCAAGAUGGUUCGGAUAAUGACCCAUACGUCCAGCUUCAACUCGUUUUCUUCCAUAUGCUACUGUCUCUUGACCCUUGGGGUGCACGCCUACUCCUGCUACAGCGCCAUCCUACGAUAUAAGGAGUCUGAGUCACGGGCGUGGCCAGGGGGUGGGGGGACUCCGAGCGAGGCGGCCAUGCUGCUGGGGUUCACCAUCCUCUCCAUCAUGCUGAUGCCUAUGCUGUGCAUGACGGCCUUCAUCAAAGUGGGCAACCUGGCCAACGACGGGGUGAAGCUCGGGCGGGAUCACGCCCUGGGCGCUUCCACGGAUACUAGCACCAAGGACUGCAGCGGCAAGCAUGUCGGGGUGGCCCGAGUGUGGAAACACUUCUGCCCAAUCUCACAAACCCUCCAUGUAGUGGCUGCCUUCUUGCUGCUCGUGCCAGAAACGUUCCUGACAGCUGUGGAAAUCAAGUUUGGAUACAAAACGUCUGUUGCCGCCUGGUCAAGCAAUAUUGACUUCCUGUACAGCCCUGAACGAGCAUUUCUGAGCGAAAUACGCAGCAGCAUCAACAUAUCGCUCUAUUCCAAUACCACUCACGUCGUCCUGCCCACCGCUAAAGUGCCGACAGAAGCCUCCGCUCAUCGCUUGUCUGUCAGCAUCGCCUUUGUCAACUUCUGCUUUGCCCUAACAUGCUUUCUUGUGAGAUACGCCUCCGUCUUUUGGUACACGAACAAGCCCCUAACGGCAGUGUUUGCAUUCCAGCUUCUAGCUAUGGUGAUUAAUUCCUUAUUCAGUUUCAAUUGCUUCUCCACGCUGUACUCUGUCUGCUACAACCGGAACGUCUUCCCAAAUGUGCAGCUCAGCUUGAACUGCAUGGCGGAUGUGGUCCUCUACCUUUUCGGAAGCACCAUCCUCCUGCUGUCCACCAUGGCUGUGUUUGAAUACGGGUCUCACUACUUCCAUGAGAAGUUCAAGAUCGUCGAGCGCCAUCAUAAUCCCGAGAGCUACAUCAAGCAGACGACGAUCAGCCACAGCGGCUGCCAGGGAUACAUCUCGCACCUCUGCGCCAUCGCCACCCUAGUCAUUUUCGCCGUCUGCAAGGGGCCGUUGCUCUACGAGCAAAUGUCUCUGAUGAGGUUGACAGGGGAUCAGCUGCUCUUGUCCGGAGUCGUCUGCGAGGUGUGCUACAUGGUCUUGUGGGUGGCCCUGUGGUUCGGCCUGACCAUCAAGCAGCAGUGGAAGUUUCGGAUACUAGAUUACGUCCCCUUGAGACAGCCCCUGAAUCUCAUCACGGACGAGAGCUCCGUGAAGAGCUCACAGCUCGGUCAAGGGGACGCCAGUCACACUGACAGUUUAACGCGAGGCAGACGACACGUCGGGCGGGAAGCUCGAUACUUGGAUCCCGGGGCUGUGAACAACACAGGGGAUGAACCAUAUCAUUCCGACAUAGGGACCGAUGAAUCCGACGUGGCUAACAAUGCAGAGGUUGUGUUGGAUCUAGACGGAAAUCCGAUUUCUGAUGGAGUGCGGCGGUCCAGGCAGAGGCGUAACUGUGGGCAGAGGGUCACCUUUGACGAUUCCGUCCGGCGAAAGGGCUCUGGUGUGGGCGGAAACAAUACGCCCACCAGCAGCCUGACACGACACGGGGCGCCCAAAAGAGAAGACGUCAACCACGUCAACAUCACGGCGGACAUCCACGUCAGCCUGCCCAUCAGCUCCAACGUCAAUGAAGACGUCAACGUGACGCUCCGGAGCAAGACGACUGACUCCGUACAGGCUCCAAGAGAAUACCGAAACAGCAUUAGGAACAAAUGCGGGGAAUAUUACUCAAGCAUAAACAAUCUCUCUUCCAAUUUCGAGGAGCCCGUCAUGGGAUCAAGCCCCACGGAUGGGGUUCCGACGCUCAUGUCUUCGUUUAGAGACAAAGUUCGUGAGUCGUCUUUGGCAGCAAGUUCCUUCAGGGAACGGGAGCGUCACAUGUUGGAACAGUUCGAAUUCCUUGACCCUCCCCCACCAGUUGUGAACGAUAUUAUUAGUAUCGACGUUGAAAAACGACGAUGCCCUGACGUCGCUGCGGCGGACGGUGAGUCUUACAGGGGAGACAACAAUGCUCUGAAUUUCAGUAACGAACAAGAGAAAUUUCGCUCUCAGGAUUCUAGCCGAAGACCGGAAGUUUACUUCCGGUAUGACAGCAACAUGAGUGACGCCAACCUACCUUACGAAAGUACAAAGUCCACCUCGCUGACGCGGCAAUCCCAGCACAACGCAUCACUCAGCAGCGACGAUGACCGGCGCAGCAGCCUUGGGAACAGCACUGCGGAAUCGUCAGAGCUCAGCCUCCCUCCCUUGAUGGAGGAGAUCCAAGUCAGCCGCGUGCGGACUGGCAGCAACAACGUGACGGGCAUGGCCAAGUUCUCCAAGGAUAACUUCCACCACAUGGUAGGUGGCCGGGUUGACCAUCGCCCCCUACCUCCCCACAUGCACCCUCGCCCUGUCCAGUUGGUUGUCGGGAAGAAGUCCGAGAUAGGGAGGCGAGACUCGGCCAACUAUUCGCUGACCUCGUCUCAGGACAAUUCCUCUAACGAAUCGGACCACGGUCAAGGGCUGUGUAGUCAAGUAUAAAUGUCCACUUGUCCCCGCGGCCAGUCUCUGGACAAUGGUCAUCGACCGAGUAAAAGCAUGAUUCUAUCUCCUACUGGCAUCAGCUUGUCGUGUCCAAUCAUAGUCACUAUUCACUAACUACCACUGCAUGCCGGAUAGAGAGAAGGACAAACAUUUUUUUUUUAAAGAGUGUAUCGAUCACUUUUUAUUCUUCCACUCUCCCUCCUCCCCCCUUCUCUCCCUUUCGUUUAUUUCUCCUGUUAGUAAAAGCAUGAACUCGCAUUUAACAAGUGUGCAAACUGAGCAUGCGUACUAACCUUGUGUGCCACUGCCAGGGCAGUAGGCUCUCACUUGAGUGAAAGACGCAAUCACGCCGGUGUUAAUGUAAUAACGGGUAACUCUCUCUGAGAUUCCAGACGUGGGCAGCAAAGCACACGAAUGUGACAGACAAUUUUGACGGCACGGUUAUAAAUACGCUGGGCUAUUUUUAUGUGUUAACACCGCUUCGAUAUAUAUUUGUAAACUAGAACAGACAAAUAAAUUCAGAUUUCUACUUCAGAUCUAGAUAAACAAAUUGAUUUUAUUCGUUUUUUUAACUGUUGUAAAUAAGAGUUCUAUGUUAUGUCAUUUAUAAUUUUAUUAAUUAUUGUUCAUGUUAUUCUAGUUUUCUGUUUUAUUUGUCUAUAUAGGAUUUGUUAUAUAACCUUAUUAAAUAGGCCUACAUUUAGUCAAUGGCCAUGCACCGAUUAGUCAAUAUUAUAACUAUCUUGUUCAUUAGACGGUUCUUUAUUGUUUAUUUAUUAAUUUUAAUUGGGAUAAAACAUCAAUUGAUGACUAAAUAUAAUAAAUAAUGCUUUUUUUCCCCUUCUAAAAUGGUUAAAAUUAAUGAAAGCUAGAUCUAUAUUUAUUUCAUCUCAAUAUAUUGGCUUUAUUUUUAUUUAUUUCUUUACUUAUCAUUGCAACUGGCAGGAUAUAACUUUUGUUUUCUUUACAGUUAAUAAAAAGAUAAAAGGGUGUAAGUAAUUUUAGAAUAAAAUGGGGUGGGGGUGGGGGUCUUAUGACAAACGUAUAGGCCUAAUCAUGCCCGGCCCUAACAAUUGCAGGGCCAUGUGCGAAACGGAUUGCGCGGGGCCUAGUCUGAGUAGGGAUGAUGAUAAGUGAAAAUUAAGACUUUGUUUUAGAAAUAUAUUCAUCUUUGCAUUUUAUUCAUUCUUUACUAAGUACAAAAUCACGAUCAAAUUAACUUUUCUUUACAAGCCUUGCGUGUAUAGAAGUCAUAUCUUCAAAAUUUGGUUUCCAACAUAGAUCACGCUCAAUAGCAGGAAUUACCAAAUUGUUAAAUCUAUUUUCGGGAAUUUUUUAUCUCAUGGGUAAUAGUUUAGAUGCCCAGAUACCUUUACUCACCACUAUGUUGUUUUUAAGCAUGUUUAUCUCCCUUAUCUAUGUUAAACUUUCAAUAACUUUUUAAAAAGAGAUUUUUUUUUUCUUAUGCUGUCAACUUAUACAUUUUAAAGUGUAUUUACUGAAAUGAAGGUCUAAAAAAAAUGUUAAUAAUAAAUUGAUGAAGUUGU